GAAUCCUCCACAGCUUGUGCGCAGCCUGUCGUUUCCUGAUGUAAUGGCGGGUAAAUCGAAAAUAUUUUCGCUGGUAGCAAUUAUAUGAUUUAGAUCUCAAGCUAAAGAUGGACCAUCCAGAAGAGGCUAUUGAUAACAGAGAAGUGAAAUUCACUUAUGAAGAGCUACUGGAACAGAAUAAAUCUUUAGCUGAAGAGCUCACACAAUGCAGGGCUGACAAAGAUUUUGUAUGGACAUUAUGGAAACGCCUUCAAGCAGACAAACCAGAUGUGUCAUCAGCUGUCAGUAUGGUAAUUCAAAGAGAGCAAGAAAAAGCAGAAGCUAAGGACAGGAAAAUUUUGGCAAUUCUUAAGGAAAAGGAUAACAAUAUAAGAAUACUAGAAGAGAUUGCUGCAGAUUUAGAGGUCCAACUGAAACAAUCAAUGGAAAGACUAUCUGGCCUGCUUGUUGAUCGUACAGAAUGGGAAGGGAAGAUUGAUGAACUGAGAAAGACUGUUCAGAAACUAGAUGAAGAAAAGAUUUACCAACAAGAAGUGAUGAAAGCAAGAGAAAACCAGAACGAAAACGAACGGAAAAACUAUCUAGCUGAAAAUGAAGCUCUGGCAAAAUCAAACAAAGAAUGCAGUGAGCGCAUCAAAGAUCUUGAGCUUGAAGUUGAUAAACUGAGCAAAGAAAAAUCAAGUGCUGCAACAUUAAUGGAGACAAAUACUGUUCUUCGAGACAAAAUUAAGGUGCUUGAGAAAGAUUUAGAACUCACAAAACGCGAGCAUGAUGAAAAGAUUUCAAAGUUGAAGUUACGAGAAGGACAACUUCUGGAAGAGACUAUAGCUGUAAAUGAGCAGCUUGAGCAAGUUGAGCAGAAAGACGCCGAGAUCGCAGCCUUGAGCUCUGAACUUAGAAAGAUGAGAUACGACCAUGAAGAGUGCUUGAAUCAUAUUGAAGAACAGAAUGCUAUUAUCAAGAAUUUGCAGCUUUUACAGGAUGAGACGCAACUAAUACUAAAGAACCAGCAGGAAAGCCAUAAAUCUGAGGUUAAGUCGUACAAAAAUACAUUGAACGAGCUAAGAAUGAAAUGCCUUUCACUGCAAUCAACAAGCGAAAAACUUCAUGGCGAUACAGAUGCAUUAAGAAAGAGUCUGAGUGUACGACAAAGAGAAAAUAUAGAUAAAGAUAUGGUGAUUGCUGAUCUAAAGGAAAGUUUAAAGACAAAACACGAGGGUUUUGACUCGGAAACUCAAACUGUUGACUUGAACUGUAGCCGUUGCCGAGAACUAGAGGAGCAGCUAGACGAUGUGAAGGACGAAUUCGAUAGCUUAAAGGACAUUGUACAGGAAAAAGGAAGGCGAAUUUCUUCGUUGGAAAAAGUAUUAAGCGAACAGAGGAGGCGGAAUAUGGUUUCGAAAGAAGAUAAUGACAGCGAGUUUGCCGAAUCCAAUUCAAAUUUCAAAUCAAGGAUUAGAAGUCUGGAAAAGGAGAUUGAAGAUUUAAGCACUCUUUUGACUUUGAAGGACAUCGAAGUUCAAGAAACUAGAAGGGCUCAUUCUCGCAGACUCCAACGAUACAAAUCUCUGAAAGAGAAUUAUUCAAUGAUUAACAAACAACUACUCACAUUUCAGCAGGAUGCACCACUUAAGGCAAUCAAUGAUGUAAACAUACGUGCUGACCCCAAAUCUCUCCAGCGGGAGGAUAGCGAAGCUGUUUGGAAUGAACUAGCAUUCUACAGAAAGCAAUACAAUUUGCUCAAAAACGAAAGAGAGGAUUUGGAAGAGGAGUUUGACAACCUUCGAGUAAAAACGAUGGCUGCCAAUGCCAAGAUAAAGGAAUUGGAAAUUGAACUUGAUCAUGAACAUAGUGAAUGCCUCAAGCUUCGAAGUGAAAUGCAAUCAAAGGCGAAGUUUGUAAGUCCUUCAAAGAUGUACUCCAUGGAAACUCAGGUAGAAAUAUGGCGAAAGAAGUCUAAACAACUGGAACUGCAAAAUGAAGCGCUGAAUGCUGAAAAGGAGGCUUUAACCCAACGUGAAAAAUAUUAUAAAAAAGAGAUUGUCGGCCUCACAGAUGAAAUCGACCAUAUUCACAAGAAUAUUAGGGAUAAAAUUGAUGCAGAGGUUCAAGCAUCUGAGGCCAUCGAAGCUUUGGAGCAACAAGCUAACAAGUCUUUGGACAGGAUUGCUACCUCAGUUAACGACAGAAAACGACAUCUGAUUGAGCAGUACAUUCAAACAAGCCCUAUAUCACCAAUACGAAGGCUGUCACCCAAAAGGCCAAUCAGCCAGUCAACCCAAAGUACACAGACGAUAGACUCAGAGUCAAGUUCAGAACACGAGUUUCCUUUAUCUAGAAUACCUAAUCAUAUUCGCCAUAAACCAAAACGACAGGGCCCUGAAAGAGAUGUCCUGAAAGAAUGCGAUAAAUUGUUUGCAGAAGACCUGCAAACUCCAAAUAGAAAUAUUAGGAAAGUUACUAACAGCUUGUCCCCUGUUCUCAAUGGCAAAAUCUACAAAAGAAAGAAAAUGCCACUGAAAAGCAGCCCUGCUGUAAGAGAGCAAACAAGUCUGAAAGUUAGGAUUCUGAGUCUACAGCAACAGGUAGAUGUUCUGCGAAGUGGCAAAUCAAGGCUAAGUGCCGAGCUACAGGAGCAAAAAGAAUAUAACGAAACAGCCAAGGGAGAGCUAGAUGUUGCAGUAAAGAAGCUUGAAAUGAGCAAAGUCACCAUUCAGAGGUUAUCCGAUGAAGUUCAGCGGUGUUGCAGUGAUCGAGAAAAUUUAGAAAAAGAAUUGGAAAACGAAAGGAAGAAGACAAAACCGCCUGAAAUUGGUUAUAAAGAAAUGGAAAAUAGAUGGAAAUUAGCGACGACAGAAUGCUCAAAGCUAUCUUUUCAAGUAAAAACAUUACGUGGAGAGAAUGAAAUGAUGUCUGCAAAACAGAGAGAGUUUCAGGAAAGGAUUGUGUGGCUAGAGAGGCAGUUGAAUCAGAAGAAGCAGUUACUCGAAGACAUGAAAGAGAAGCUUAAGGAAACAAAUCAAAUGACUGCGAAAGAAAAAGAAGUUCUGGAGGAAAUGAAAAAGAAGAAUAAAUCACUUUUACUGAACGACGAUCAAAAGAAAAAAUAUAUCGACGAUUUACGCAACAAGAUAAACCAGUUAUCAUUAGAAAAAAUUGAACUUAAAAAGCAGUUGCAGGAAUGCAAAGAAGAAUUGAAGCGAAAAUCUCGCUUACUGCAGCAGAGCCAAGAUUUAUGUAGCCAUGCAGAAAAAGCAGUCAGCGAAAUGGAAAAGGCUGCAUUUGACCAGCUUCAUGAGCAGGCAACUGAGCAAGAAAAGUUAUAUGCAAACCUUAAGCAGGAUUUGAGUACAGAACGCGGGAAAGUCGUGGAAUAUCAAUGGGUCAUCAAGCGAAAAAUCGAUAAAAAUAUGGAGAACAAGAAACACCGCAACGCGUCGAGAACAAACAAUAAUGAACACAAUCAAAGUAACGGUGACUACCACAUUCAAACAGCUCGGAUUCAGAAGUAUCGUAGUCAUCUUCUCACAGUAACGGGGCAACAUUCGUGGAUAUGAAAGAGAGGGUCUCGAAAAGGAACUUUUCUGACUUAUAUUUCUCUCUCACAAUCAUUUUACCUAACCCUAUUUACAUUGCAAUGUGAAAGUAACUUACAUGAUGAUUUCAACAACAAAUAUUAGCAAAUAUCACUGCAGAUUGGCACUAGCCAUUUAGCGUUCUAUAAACAAUGCAUAUUUCUAACGUGUCAGAAACCUUCGUCACAGAAUAGAAAAUACAAAACAAGUGUCAAAUUUGCAUGUCUGUAAGAUCUGUUGGUUAUCAACCGCAAGAAGUUAAGCUGUUUUCAUCUAAAGAGCAACAGCCUACCAUAGACUUUAGAGCAUCAAUAAUUAAAACGUGUGGAUUAAUGUUUUUCGUUAUUAUAAUAAAAUAUUCAAAGAAAAAAUGUGCCUGUUUAACCUGAUAGCUAAAGUCACGAAGUGUCAAUUUCCCUUGUUUAAGAGCUCGGGCUCAUUUUCAACCUUCCCCUUCCUUCAAACGAAACAGUAACCAUCCCGUGCGUUUAUACGUGCAAAAAGUGUUCAGAUAUGAUAUAGUAUGAUGCUUAACCAGAAAGAUUUUGGCUUUAAUUGAUAGAAUCCUUAGAAUUAACCAGGAAUAAGAAUUCACAAUUUUCGAAGCCCGUCCUGCAGGAAUAGCUGCCAUUUUGAAUACUGUUUUCUCAGCUGGCUCAAUUUUCAAAACUCGGUAUCAUUGAAGUGAAUAAUUUAAAUUCGUUUAUUGUUAUUUGUUUCCUUUCAGUCAGGUUGCUAAAAACGUUUUGUUUGAUAAAAAGCUAAUUGUAUUGUUCGAUAGCUCUUGCGUACAUCUCAGCAUGUACUGCCUGCUGCUUAUACACAGUAAAUUAAAUGACACUAGUGUUUAAUACAAAUACCAAAAGCGUUCCAGUAGAAAAACGAAUGCGAUCCCUGCAGUUUAUCUUGGAAGCUGUUCAUCACAAGGGACCCCUAAAUGGAAGCUGAAUGGAACAACCAGGCUCACCCGCUUGUACUCAUUAUUCUGAACAUUUGCAUAUCUUUUUUAUAUCAUAUCUUUCAAAUUCAGGUUCUCUUCUUUGAAAAACACGAGUUGUUGGUACAAUACGUAAACCAGUUUUGAUGCACCAGCUUUCGUAAAUAUUUUAUCCUCACCUAAUCCAAGUAUUAUAAUUAGUUAUUCUUCCACAACAUUGUCGUAUGAUUGUUAAAUCGAUGUUAGAUUUGCCUAUUUCGGUUUCAUAGACCUAGGAAACCUUUUAAUUUACAAAGUUUACACGUGUUUGUCAGUAUCUCCGCGUUCAAAGCCUGGUUUCCUAGCCAAGCCUAAUCAAUAUUCCCAAGCUAUCGUUGUUCUUCAUUGACACGCAAUAAGAAAUCCUUAUGCGAUUUCCUC